GUUUUUGACUUUUGUAAACUUCAACCGGCACGGUGUUUUUUUUAUCAACUUGUAAAGAAAGGGUUAUUUUCCAUUUCUUCAAGAAAUCUUUAAAUUUGAGUUUAAUAUUUGUUAAUAAUCAUGUCAAAACCAAUAACAUUUGUUACUGGAAAUGCCAAAAAACUCGAAGAACUUGUUGCCAUUCUCGGUCCAAACUUUCCCCGCAAAGUCAUCUCCAAAAAAGUAGAUUUACCCGAAUUGCAAGGUGAAAUAAAUGAAAUUUGUAUUAUCAAAUGCAAGGAAGCCGCUAAAUUAGUAGAUGGCCCAGUGCUCGUUGAAGAUACAUGUCUUUGUUUUAAUGCCAUGAAGGGGUUACCAGGACCUUACAUAAAAUGGUUCUUGGAAAAACUUGGCCCCGAAGGUUUAUACCAAAUGCUCGCUGGAUGGGAAGACAAAUCAGCUCGAGCUGUAUGCACACUUGGUUUCUCUGAAGGAAUCAAUUCAGAGCCAAUUGUCUUUCAAGGAAUUACCGAAGGAACUAUUGUUCCACCAAGUGGUCCGAGGGAUUUCGGUUGGGAUCCAGUAUUUAAACCUAAUGACUACCAACAAACUUACGCCGAAAUGCCAAAGUUGGAGAAGAACAAAAUUUCACAUCGAUAUCGAGCUCUUGCUGCAUUCCAGGAUCAUUUUAAACCUAAAGACCAAUAAAAGACUAUUGUGCAGAGAAAUAGGCAGUUGACUGCAGUGUAAAAUAUAAAUGUAAACUCUAAAAUACAACUGAAACAAUUGAAACUAAUAAAAAAAACUUAAAAAAAUGACCAACCAAUUUAGUUAAUC